AUGGCCUCCCAUCUGGAGGCACCCUCAGCAGACGUCAAGCUGGCGACCGUAGCAGGAAAGAAGGGCAAGAAGGCUGAGGAGGAGGAGGUGGUGCAGCCGCCGCCCGCAGCGCCUGCAGCCCCUGCAGAAGCUCCACCAGCAGAAGCUCCACCAGCUGCUGCACCGGAGGAGGAGGAAGAGGAGGAGUAUGUGGUGGAGAAGGUUUUGGACCGCCGGGUGGCGAAGGGCAAAGUAGAGUUUCUGCUGAAAUGGAAGGGGUUCUCAGAGGAGGAUAACACAUGGGAGCCCGAAGACAACCUGGACUGCCCGGACCUCAUCGCUGAGUACAUGCAGAAACAUAAAGAAAAGGAGGAGAAAAAGAAGGAGGGCAAGAGGAAAGCUGUCAGCGAGGCCUCGGGGGACACUGAGGAGCGAGGGAGCAAGAGGAAGAAGGAGGAGGGUGAGAAGGCCAGAGGUUUCGGCAGAGGUCUGCAGCCGGAGAGGAUUAUUGGAGCAACAGACUCCAGCGGAGAGCUGAUGUUCCUCAUGAAAUGGAAGAACUCAGAUGAGGCAGAUCUGGUCCCAGCCAAGGAGGCCAAUGUGAAAUGCCCCCAGGUGGUCAUCUCUUUCUAUGAGGAGCGCCUCACCUGGCACUCUUACCCAACCGAAGAGGAGGAGAAGAAGGAAGAGGAGAAAAAGGACUAGAUGAGUGGAGGAGGAGGCGAAGGAGGUGCGAAGACAAAAAAGAAAAGUGUUGAGGUGCAGGGCGGGAAAUCAACUAUAUGCUGGCGAACUGUUAACUGCUGGUAAUUGAUGCUGGCAGCCACUUUGGCAGCGGAAGUGGAAGGAAAUCCCUGAUGUUUGGGAUUGAACUGCCAAUGUAGCUGACAGAAAGGAUGUUUGUUUUCCUGCCCUGAAAGGAGGAGGGCAUCCUUUUCUCAAAAGAUGCUCCCUCCGGUAUCUCGACUGAAAAUGUACAUUUUUAAAGAGGUAUGUUGCCAAUUAUUCUGCAAGUAAGUUUGUGUUUUUUCCCUACACCAAGAACAUGUCACUUGAUGGGAAUAGGUGCCUUUGUCCUGCUAGUAUUCCUCCUUGGUGUCACAAGCUGGAUUUCAAAGUGAAUCCAGCUAAAUGACUAGAAAAGUGUUUGUACAUCAAGUGACAGGUGCCUGGUGUUGAAAAUACAAGAAUAAUGUCAAGCUACCUCUUUAACUUGUGUGAAGCGAGCUGAAUGUUUGGCUGUGGCCGGCAAGUUUGUCUCUCCUCCCAAUCACCAAACCUCAUUCAGGUGGCUCGGAGAGCUUAAACUGCCCUUCCUGCUGUGCCAGGAUACAUCGGAGGGAACUUCUUUUGAGAGGGGGAUGAAGCGGAGCAAGGUAAAAAUGGAGGGCUGAAAGAAUGGACAGAAACCAUUUGUCUGUUUCAGUUUCUGUUGUUUUUGUGCCACCUGGUUUCUCAUUAUUUUCUACGUGAUGCUGUUCUUCAGUUGAAACUCUCAAAACGCCAAAUGACGACUGACAUGGAUAGAUUGAUAAAGAAGUCCUUACAUGGCUGACCAGCCAACGUGGCAUCCAACCAGCCAGUGUUCAGAAGACCGUACCUCCUGUUAAAUACAAGUCUAUUUGUUCAAGCUAUUAUUUCUUCAGUGGAAGUUCAGGGGCAAACUUGAAGCUUUUCUGUAAAUGUAAAACUGUUGAUCUGCCGUAUUUCAUGUCACACAAUCGUACAUUGUGUGUAUAUGUAUUAGAGGUUGCAGUUGACCUAGUCUGUCUUGAACACAGUCAGACUGUCACUUGGAACGAGUUAGCACUAUCAAUUCGCCAGCCAGUUUCACUUGUUGACUGGGCCACAGUAUUUGUCUGGUAGGAAGCCAAACAAGACUGGAAGCAAUAUAACAACUUCCACUCUCUGCUUGGACUUGUCAUGCCAUUUAUUUUUAUUUUUUUUAGCAAUUUUACCUAACUUUAAUGGAACUAAGGCUGGUUGGAUACCUGCCUGCUCGGCUGGAGGAGUGUACACACAAUGACCAGCAUCUGGCAGGUUGUAAUUUUCCACACUGCUAGUGAUGGGCACAUUGGGAGUUUUUGGGUGAAAAGCUACAUGCUUUAAAAAGCUGAAAUGCCUUCUUAAUCUGUCGAUGAGAGGGGCAAAGUGUCAGAAGUAAAACUGUAAAGGAGGGCUCAGCACGAAGCUCAGCCAUAUCGUGCUUAGUAAGAACAAAAUGCUGAAGGCUCUUGGCCUUUUUUUUAACGCAUUGCUUCUCAAGAUCGCAUCUAGGCUUUUCUAAAAGCAAGCCGGAUUUUAUUUACUCUGUGACACCUAAUUACAAGAGAUAAAAUGAGCCAUUCUAAUGGGUUAUUAUGAAACAUGUCUCUCUAAAGGCAUCUUCUCCAACUUGUUGAUAAUUUUGCUCUCAGUGUAAAUGCAGUCCAGUGUCGACCAAAAGUUAACUGUCACAUUAACAGGCGGACAAGAGAACUAUCAGUGUGGGAAUUAACAUGCUGUGUGUUGGUGAAUUGACAGCUGUAGUUUGUACAUUCAUCUACUCUGCCGGUGAUGUAGGCACAAAACCAGCCAAAGUAGCUUGUUGAUUCUUCUGCCACUUGGCUGGUGGGUUGAGGUCCCCUGAUGAGACGCAGUUCUGUCAGUCUGUACAUACAUCCGCCACCACAAACACAACUGGGUUUUACUGCCUAUAUAGAAGAUCAUUGAGUGUGUUUGAUAUCAUUUCCACUCUUAUUUUUAACCUUCACUCACACAGCUACAUGUGUAUUUUUUUUAGCCUUUUAUUAUUUUAGCUUGCACUGGCCGGGCAACACUCAAGACAUGAUGAUUCAGCACGUUCAGUACGAGUAUUUCUUGGUCCUCUUGCUCCCAGGCCGACCGACAUUACACACACAUUUUGAUAUUUGUAUAAUUAAACAGAAUAGAACUUUUAAUUGAGCAUGAUAAACAUGAUUGCUUCAUGUGUCUGGUGUUAUCUCUGCAGCCUAAUGCUUCCCAGUGUUUUUGUGUUGAAUGUAGCCCGGCUGUGCUUAUUUCUGUGUAUACUGUAUUAAAGCUAGCAUAGUAGCUUUGUCUGUCAGCAGGCCCAGGUUAGCUCGUUCUAAUCCCCUUUCUCUGAACUACAACCAACCUUGAAAAGAAAAUUAUAUUCUAAUGCAACUCCAUUCAUUUCCACUGGACAUCGUACUGCGUCAUUUCACAACACUUGAUACAACAGCUAUUUUUAAAUAUUUCUGUGUGGGUUUUUUUUUUCAGAAUGUUUUUCCAUUUCAAUGAACCUUACCUUUAGUGACAUUUAAAGCUCCAGGUUGUUUAAGCAUAUCAAGACAAUGACUCACACACUUGACUGUGACCACCUCUGUGAUGUUUGACUUGUACUUGUCUCUUUCAGAUUCUAUGUUACUGCAUAGUUAUACAUUUUCCUUUACAAAGUUGGCUCAGCUGUAAAGACUUUCUAAUAUUUGAAGUCAAACCUCUGUUCUAAUGCUGUUACUGCUGAUAUUUUCUCUUUGCUGGUAUCUGCUUUGACACUUUUAAACAUAUUCCGUAAAAGUUCUGAAGGUUGUUUUCUAGGACUCCUUGAAAGUUGAGUAUAAUGCCCUGUAGCCUGGCAGUUUUCUGUUGUACUCCACCAUUGACAGGAAAGGAUUGAAUCUGCUGCAUCUGGGUCUGCUAGUAAGCUUUUCUAUAUUGUCCCUGAAGCGUUUCUCUGUAUUUAGCAGAUUAGCUUGUGUUGUCCUGUUGCAUGUUUAUUGGUUUCCCUUGCGAUGUCACUGUCAUGGCGAAUCUACUUUUAAUUGUCUGUUUUUGACAAUAAAGGCUAUUCGUUUUCGUAA